CCCUGGGCACCACCACCACUGAUAAAUUUUAUCCCCAUUGGUUAUCCCGUUUUGUCGCCAUUAAAGAAACCGCAAAACUGGGGUUGGAAAAUUCUUGUCAUAGUUUGAUCAGUUCUCUGAAGUUUGAGGGACGACAUGGAAAUCACUUCUCAUCUACUUGCAAUUGCAGGGUUUUUAGUACUGGUGGUGUUGUACAAUCUAUGGAGGUUGAGAAUUGGUGCUCAGAAAACAAAGGGUAUGUUAGCCCCAGAAGCACAGGGUGCCUUGCCAAUUAUAGGUCACCUUCAUCAACUAGGUGGCAAAAACCCAGUUGCCCGAACCUUGGCAGCCAUGGCUGACAGACAUGGCCCCAUGUUCACGAUCAGGUUUGGCCCGAAAAGUGCACUUGUGAUUAGCAAUCACGAGGCAGUGAAGGAGUGUUUCACUACUAAUGACAAAGCUCUUGGAGCACGUCCGAAGUCAAGCCAUGGAACGUACUUAGGCUACGACUAUGCAGGAUUUGGGUUUGCGCCUUACGGUACAUUUUGGCGUGAGAUGCGAAAGGUAGUCAUGGUGGAACUCCUCUCUGCCCGCCGGCUCGAGACACUAAAGAAUAUGCAAGUCUCCGAGGUGGAUAUUUUGGUCAAGGAUUUGUACUCUCUUUCAAAGAGCAACAAUCACGGCCCUGUCAAGGUGGUGAUUACUGAAUGGAUUGAACGCCUAACCUUCAACAUAAUAACUAAAAUGAUUGCGGGGAAGAGAUAUUUUCCCCACGCCAUUAAUGGUGCAGAUGAUGGAGAGGCAAAACGCAUAUGCAAAAUCAUCAAAGAAUAUAUGUACGUAUCUGGGGGGCCAGUCGUUUCUGAUCUGAUACCGAUUCUAGGAUGGAUUGAUUUUGGGGGUCAACUGAAAUCUAUGAAGCGUAUUGGAAGGGAAUUGGACACUCUAAUAGGAAGUUGGAUUGAAGAACAUAGCCUGAGGAAACAGAAAAGUGAGGCAAGCGACAAGCCAGACUUCAUCGAUAUCAUGCUAUCAGUAAUUAAGGAUGAAUCCAUGUUUGGCUAUACUCGUGAAACCAUCAUCAAGGCUACGGUAUCGAAUCUCAUCAUAGCUGGCUCAGACACAACAUCUAUUAACUUGACAUGGCUUCUGUCCUUGUUAUUGAACAACAAAGAUGCUUUGAAGCGUGCCCAAGAAGAGUUAGACCUCAAAAUUGGAAGGGAUAGAUGGGUAGAAGAUUAUGAUAUUAAAGAUCUGGUUUACCUCCAAGCUAUAGUCAAGGAAACCUUGCGCUUAUACCCACCAGGCCCGCUGGCAGUUCCACACGAGGCAAUGGAAGAUUGUCAUGUUUGUGGCUAUUACGUUCCCAAGGGAACUCGUGUGUUUGUAAAUUUGUGGAAGUUGCAUCGAGACCCAAGGGUUUGGCACGACCCAGAUGAAUUUUUGCCGGAGAGGUUUCUUACAAGCCAUGCAAAUAUAGAUGCUUCAGGCCAGCAUUUUGAGUUCACACCAUUUGGGUCUGGAAGACGAUCUUGCCCGGGGUACACAUUUGCCUUGCAAGUAUCACAUCUUACAUUAGCUCGCUUGCUUCAAGGAUUUGAGUUAACAACACCACAAAACAUGCCGGUAGACAUGACUGAAGGCUUAGGCGUUACCUUGCCCAGGGCAACUCCUCUCGAAGUCGUCCUCACUCCACGCCUUUCUUCGGAACUCUAUGAUGAUUAAUGCUAGAAAGCAUUGAUUUACAAAACUAAUCUUGCAUAUCUCUGUUUUCAGCUUCUUGUUUUGACUUCUUAGUAUAUUAUAUGCAGUACUCUGUGUAAACUCAUCCCUGGUUAGACAACUCAAAAGCUACGUAAUAUUGUGUUCU